UAUAACUACACCCCACACAUACACACCAUAAUCAACACAUCUUCACCCCACACUGCACAUCCUAUACUCAACACAUUGGCAUCAUGCGGAUCAUUUCCGGUCAUCCCACACUACGUACCACACUCAACACAUCAUCUUUUACACCACACCUUUCGCACCACACAUGAGGACACCACGCACAAUCAACAAAAGGAACUGGCGGACGAGGCCAAGUCUCCUUUUGAUACGAUCCGCGCGCAUAUACGGUUCUCCGUCAAACAACCAAGUUUUCUUCUUCAACCGACCGCAAAGUCAUCGCCAAAUCAAAGGCGUACAAAAACGGAAAGCACAACUCAGGAGCAGCUGCAACAUUACAUAAUGUUUUGCAAGCCGCAUCCUGAGUUGCAACGGGGGAAGCUAACUCCGACCAACCCUCAAGGGCUGCAAAUACUUUGGUCGGAGUUAGCAGAUAAUUUAAAUGCCUUAAGAGGUCCUACUCGGUCGGCAGCCAAGUGGAGGGAGUCAUUGAUGCAUUGGAAACAUCAGUUGCGAUCGCGAGCGCGCAAACUGAAGGCACAUGCGCAAGCGACUGGUGGAGGCCCUCCGAUAAAUGGAAUGAGCGAAUUCGAAGAGCAAGCAGUUUCAACUUUUGGAGCAGCAGCGGUGGAUGGAUUGCCGGCUGUUGUGACUUUGGGUCACCAGGUUUUGCCGUUGUAUUUAAAUACACCAACAGUCACAUCGCCUGCUCCAGCGCCAACACAACAGUCGCAUCGCCUGCUCCAGCAUCCUCGCCAGCAGUCACAUCGCCUGUUCCAGCUUUUCCUGCUCUAACUUUAAAUUUUUCUUCCUCGCCAUCACCUCAUUUUUCUUCGUCACCAUCACCUCCAUCUUCUUCCUUACCUCCUCCCAUCUUAUCUUCUCCUAUGCCAUCUCCUUCUUACAUCCCUCCUGAAAAAUUGACUGCAGCGAAGAUGCUUGGGACAGUGCUAAAGAAAAUGGAGGCUCGGGAAAAGCGAGAGGAGGAGGCCAUUGCUCGACAAAGGACAACUGUAGCGCAAAAUGUGCAGAUGACAGGGGUGCUGACCGAAAUGACAAAAGCACUAACCUCGCUGUCAGAGAUUAUGGCUAAAUUGUCAGAGAAAUUAGAUAAGUAACAAUAAAAAUGUAAAAAAAUAAAAAAAAAUUAAAUGAAAUAAAAUGAAUUAUUUAAUAAAUAAAAUAAAAUAAAAUGAAUUAUUUAAACAUAUGUAGAUGUCUUUUUAUUCAUUCUUAGAGGAAGUAAAAUGUACAGAGACAGUAAGUAGCUUACAUACAUAUAUGUACAUUAGAGUGGGUCAAUUUUUUUCUUGACAAAGCGGUUAUCAAAAUCGUAAACUACGAUGAAUUCUAAGAAAAUUUGCCCAAGAAACCAUGGGUCUAAAAUGAAAAUCGAGCCUCCGGUUUUUAGCGAGAAAAUUUCGUAUAUUGUAUUUUGUAAAAAAAAAUCCAAUUCCUAUUCCACUGUCGAUUGUUUGCUUGUUUUGUAGCUAUCGAAGCUAAUUUGCUCAAAUUUGGUAUGUGAUGUUGUAUUUAAGCAGAAAAUUCGACAGUACAGAAAUUUUUUAUAGGGGGCGUGGCACUGCCCACUUAUGAGUUCAUAUGCAUAUCUCUGGAACCACCCCACCGAUUACGUUCAAAUUUGGUAUACAUAUUACACAAUGCCUACUUAAGAGAUAUCUGGAAAAUGAUCGAAAUCGGAUAAUAACCACACCCA